AUGGCGGAGACAGCUGUUCCCGUGUUGGAAGUCCCAGCACUCGAUGGAGACAGCGAGCUCGUUUCUGAGCUGCCCGUGGAACUCCUGGUAGAGCUGCUUGCGCUGGCGCUCGUAGAACUGCUAGUCGAACUACUGUUUGAGGAGACGAGCGUGAAAACCCCACUUUUUACAUACCAAGGGGAACUUUCCUUCGGCAAGUCGGAGCCUGACGCUUGUUGA